UAACUUUUUAAAGAGUGCGUCUGUUGCUGUCGAUUGCGAACAUUUCUGCUUUAGUUGCUUCGCGUGUUUUUGUAGCGCCGAAACGGCUGUACUUUUACCGAGACGCUUGCAGAGCCGUGUGUAUUGUGUGUAGCGGAAGUGAAGUGUGACAGCUAGCAGGUGGACUCGUGGGAUAAACAUGUUGUCCACCCUUCAUGUGACGUCGUGUUUUUUUUGCUUGUUGCGCCAGGAAGGCGAGCGACUGUGUGGAAAGCAGGCGGCUUCAAUACAGCAUCUGUGUCUAUGUACAGUUUUACAGUUUGUAGCGAUGACUUGUGAAUUUCGGAUCAAAUCCCUGUGGACGUUACACAGCUGGUGGCAGCUGAGCUCUGUCAGCAGCAUUUAUGUUUACUGGACUAGUUAUUGCAUUUGCUUUUUCGCCGUUUGAAAUGCUCAGGAAAAAAGAAGGACGUGAUCUAAAACUCCCCCUGCAGAUUGCUGAUGCUGAAAGUGCUCAUAUGGACCGGGCAGUUUACUAAGUGCUCUUGUUUAGCUGCUCCUUAACUCAAAAUAUCUAAUCAGCCAAUCCAAUAUGGCAGCCACUCAGUGCUUUUAAGCGUGUAGGGACGGUCAGGAGGGGCUGGCCUGCUGAGCAUCAGAAUGGGAGAAGAAAAGUGAUUUAUGUGACUUUGAAGUUGACAUAAUUGUUGUUGGUGUGAGCAUUUCAGAAACUGGUUUCUUGGUACACCUUUUAUUACUCAGGUGGUCUACCAGUGAAAUCAGGCUGACCAUGUCCGUGUCUGUAUGACCACAGUGUACCCAUCUUCUGAUGACUGUGGGAUAACUCGCCACAUCUCAAAGCUCAAAUCAUCUCAAGCUGGUUUCCUAAACACCAAUAAUGAAUUCUUUGUACCCAAAUACCCCCCACAGUCAACUCAGUGCUAGCAAGGUGUGCGUAAUAAAGUGCCAGUGAGUAGAGUUUUGUCUCUACAUGCAGUUUCGAUGAAAGUCAGACCACAUUUCAAUAAGUCCUGCUAUACUGAGAGCUCCAAAGAUUUCAUGAGGUGGCCUUUGGUGUUCGCAUUAUAUUUUGUAACUGAAAUUACUUAUUGGUAAUGUAGGAUGAAUGAAUAGGUUCUAUAGUUAUUUUAAUAUCCAUAAGUGAGCGUUUGAAUUAGUAUUAAUAGCAGUUUGAUCUGGAGUUUCUUCUUAAGGCUUGACUGUGACAGAUCUCACCACAAUGACAGAAAGCGAACACAGGAUAUCUCUUCAGUGCUUUUUCCAGUCCUCAUCAAUACUGUUCAGUUGUCAGACAAAUCUUUUAUUGUGCUGAUCGUCAGCGGACUCUGUCCAAUGCGGUUUAACUUGGCACCUGGAAAAAGCACUUGAUGUCCACAGAAUUUCCCCAGUGCCUGGAGGGUUUUUGAAUAUAAGAUAUGGAAUAGUCACUUGAUCGUAUGUGCACGGUAGAACAGAAGAUGCAGUCUUUCCCUGUUUUUCCCCUUUGCUAUUUAUAAAGAGUUUCACGGAUAGAUGAGUCAAUUUGAAGCAUGCCGGUGGAAAGGAAGAUUGUCUGUGCUGAUUUAAAGAGGAAAGAAAAUGAAAGUAGCUUUUGACUGACGAGGAACAAAGUGUCACAUGUACCAGAGCUACAGAAGAACCCUAAAGAAGCAAAAAAAAUAUUAAAAAGCUGCUGAUCUGUGAGGGAGGAUUACAAUAUAAACAUUAUACUACAAAGAAAUAGUACCAACAGUUUUGAUGACUGCAGUACUUCUAAAAAAAAAGUAAAACAAAAAAAUCAGCUGCCGCUGAAGCAGCCUGCCUUCACAAGGAUGGCCUUUGCUGUUUGCUUUGCAUUGUGCAAACAUGCAAGCUGCAGCGAUUCCAGAUAUUGGACUCCGUAAUAAAAUCAGCCUCUUUCUGCUGGUGUUCAGUUCACUGUGAAUAAUUUUCACUCUCCGUCAUAGUCACAUUUUGCGGUGAGAAAACAAAGUUCAAUAGAUACCUUUAAGAGAUUUUCGUGUGCCUGAUAGCGGUGUUUUGGAUAUUAAUGAAUGCGGAUUGUUUGCCUGUUCUCAGACUGUUCCCCUCUGAUUACAGUUUGUGACCCUGUGUUCAUCCAGCAGAGCAUGGGAUCCCCUUUGCUCCCAUUAAAUGUGUUACUUGCUCAAUAAAUGUUUGCAGGUCCUUGAAAAAUCAUCAGUAAGUUAUUUGGAUUUCCCCAAAACGCCAAGAACAGCUCAGCUCUUGUACUGGAAGCUCAACGCCCCGAGCAAAGUGCAAAAGUUACGCCCCUUAUCCACCAGUAUCCGGUAAUCAUUACACUCAUGACAGUAUCUCUGCCUCUCAAGGGACUUCGGAAAAGUUCAGGAUAGAUUUUGCUAAGGGUUUGGACCAUUAGGACCGGACAAUGUUUUUGACUGUGUUCUUCCUCCUGAUCGCGUUGUGCACCCAGGGAGGAAAUGGUAAGGAGGGUGAGGAAGCACAGAGACCUGGCCAUGUUUCGGUGGUCAUAGUGGGAGGCACGGGUGACCUGGCGAAGAAGUACCUGUGGCAGGGAUUCUUCCAGCUGUAUGUUAACCAAGUCAGUAGUGGAAACACCUUUUCUUUCUAUGGCGGGGGACAGUCCCCCACUGAAAAGGCCACACCAGUGCUCUUUGAGAUUCUGAAGGCAGUCUCCUGCUCAAAGGAUGUUUCUCAGGAGCGCUGUGCUCUGUUGAAAGACCAGUUUCUGCGGCUCGCACAGUAUCGCCAACUAAAGUCAUUAGAGGACUAUCAGGAUCUGGCCAAGCACAUUGAGCAACAGCUUCAAGAAGAGGGAAUGACGGAGGCAGGCAGGCUCUUUUACCUCUCUGUACCAGCUUUUGCAUAUGCAGAUAUUACUGAGAAGAUUAAUAGUAGUUGCAGGCCAAAAAGUGGGGCUUGGCUGAGGGUGGUGCUUGAAAAACCUUUUGGACAUGACUACGGGAGUGCUCAGGUACUGGCAUCUCAACUUCGCAGCUCACUGACGGAAGAAGAAAUGUACAGAAUUGACCACUACUUGGGGAAACAGGUGGUUUCAAAGAUACUUCCUUUUAGAAUACAAAACAAAAAAAUACUUGAUCCCAUCUGGAACAAGCACCACAUCGAGAGAGUGGAGAUUGUACUGAAAGAGACUCUGGAUGUUAAAGGUCGCAUUGCCUUCUAUGACCAGUAUGGGGUCAUCAGGGAUGUGCUACAGAACCACCUGACUGAGGUCAUGACACUGUUGACCAUGAGGCUUCCCAAGAACGUGAGCAGAAGUGAGGAAGUCCUUGGAAACAAGCUGCAGAUCCUUAGUUCCAUGCUGCCUUUAGGAAAGAAUCAAGCUGUGAUCGGUCAGUACCAAACUUACAAAGCAGAAGUUCAGCAGGAGCUGAAUAAGACCAAAGAUCACAUCAGUCACACUCCAACAUUUGCAGCUGUACUCGCACAGAUUGAUGACGCACAAUAUGAAGGCAUGCCGAUCCUUUUGAUCUCAGGGAAGAUGCUAGAUGAGCGGGUGGGAUACGCACGUAUUCUUUUUAAAAAUGACAUCUUUUGUGUUCAAAACCACAAUAACGUUCACUGCAAGCCCAAGCAGAUAAUUUUCUACUUUGGACAUGGCAGCCUUCAAUAUCCAGCGAUUCUUGUUAGUAAGAAUUUGUUCAAGCCAGCUCUAGUAGACAGUGAGUGGAAGGAAGUGACGGAGCACAAAGACGUCAACGUUUUUGGAUUGCCUAUUUCAGACUUCUACAUCCAGACUCCAAUGGAGCAGAAGGAAGCUUAUGCAGAACUUAUUUCUCACAUCUUUUUUGGACAGAAGAAUAGCUUCAUUAGUACAGAGAACCUGUUGGCUUCCUGGGACUUAUGGACACCGCUGCUCAGCAGUUUAGCCAGCACAUUUCCGCGCAUCUACCCAGGUGGUGCUGAUAAUGCAGACGUGCUGGACAUCCAUCUGAAAGGGAAAGACAUUAGCUACAACAAUGAGGUGGUGAUAAUCAGUACUGAUCAUUUGGGUGGCACAUCCACAAAUGGUUUCCAAGUGAUGCAAGGUAAAUUUCGCAGUUCUGAAAUGGUGUCUGCAUGGGCCGAGCAGCUUGUUGACAAGCUCGCUGCAGAUAUUCAGGAAGCAGCAGAGGCAGCUAUUUAUGAGGGUGGUGUUUUUCAUCUCGCCCUCUCCGGUGGAUCUACUCCCCUUGCUCUGUUUCACAGGUUGGCCAAUCACCAUUUCACCUUCCCCUGGAGGAACACACAUGUUUGGAUGGUGGACGAGCGCUGCGUGCUGCCGACAGAACUGGAGUCCAACUUCCGCAGCUUGCAUGACCAUCUACUGCAACAUGUGAGAAUCCCGUAUUACAACAUCCACCCCAUGCCAGUACAUCUCAACCAGCGCCUAUGUGUGGAGGAAGAUGGAGGAGCGCUAAUGUAUGAGAAGCAACUCAUUAAAUUGGUUAACAGCUCCAGCUUCCACUUUGUACUGCUGGGUGUCGGCUAUGAUGGCCACACAGCCUCUUUGUUCCCCGGUGGCAAAGCUGAUGAACUUGGCGAUAGUCUGGUGGCCCUCACUGAGAGCCCCUCCAAGCCACACCAGCGUAUGAGCCUCACUUUUAAUGUCAUUAAUCGAGCCCGCAAAGUUGCCCUUUUGGUGAUGGGCAAAGGCAAACACGAGCUGAUCACCCAGCUGAGCCGCGUGAAGGACAACCCAGACAAAUGGCCUGUCACUGGUGUGAAGCCUACUAAUGGUAACCUUGUUUGGUACAUAGACUAUGAUGCACUUUUAGGAUAAGAAUGUAAUCUCUACCUUGCAAUCAGACAAAUGUCUUUGGAGCUGCUUUAAUUGGACUGUUGGUUGGUGAGAAAGAAUAUAUGAACCAGCACAUAUAGGACCAUAUAGGAAAGGUUAUUAACUCAAAUCACAUGUACUAAGCAGAACUGCUAAACUCUUUCAGGCUUCUAAUUUAUUUCCCUCCUUUGAGAUCAUAACAGUGUAUGCAUAGACCAAAUUUGAUCAAAAUAGGAAAUCAGUUGAACAUUGUUGAAAACAGCCCUUUGUUGGUGUCCAUGUGGUUGUGAAGCAGCGAAGAAGUUUGUGGUUUCUUACAAUUAAAGAACUGCUCAUCUUCAGUAAGGAUUGACUAAUGGAACAGGAGUUUUCCACAAGGUGAAUGUAAGGUGUAAGUGUUUUAUAAUGUGACGAUAGCCCUGACUUUAGAGUUAAGCCUAGUUUAUUGCACUGCAAUAAAUCCGCAUCACAACCAUAGCGAGUGGACAUAGUUUGCAUUGUACGCUGGUGCAUUGAACUGCCAUUACAAGUGGAACUGAGCCGUUUAUGUUGGACUUGGAGCUAAUAAAUUUUGAUCAAUAGUUAGUUUUACAGCCCCACAGGAAGUAGAUAAGAUUUCAGAAACAACCCAGUCUAUACAGGUGUACUCAAAAAAUAUUUAUGCCCAAAAUGCUGACUUUAGGUAAUUUGAUUACAUGUUUAUUUUCCAAGCAUUUGUGUUACAUAAUUACAAUAUAAGAAAUUACAUUUAAUGCAAUCUGGUCAAAUGAAAUAUACUUGACUGGUACACAUUUAGUUUAUACCAAGCAUUAACCUACCACCUAGCAUAUUUUCCUUAAUGAUAAAUUAUAUGAAUAAAUAAACAUUUUAUAUAUAUUUUAUAUAUUUUAGUUUCAUUUUUCUGAAAAUUUGAGUUUAUGAAGGCAAAUAAUUACUUUUUUAAAAGUUAUGUUGGAGCUUGGGAAACAAGAAUAACAGCAUGUAUCAACUUUCAUUAGCACAAUAAGCAAGCUAUACAAUUACAGCCUAUUAGAUUUUGUUAAAUAGAGGAAUUAUACUGGUGCUAAUCAAUAAUCUGUGUUUACAGAGGAUAUUACCAAACAUACCUGUCACACCUGUUGACAGUGCAUGUCAGGCCAAAGGAUAGGUUAUGGCGUAAGUUUAACACGGUACUAUAAACCAGAAAUGAGUUAGAAGGGAUGCUGAGUGUAUGUAAUUUGUCAUUAAUGAAAUCAUUGGUCCAUGUUCUUAAAAGUUUAAACCUCAUAUGAAUAUUUUUUUACGUGUGUGGGUGAAAUGCAUAUGAAGAUUUUUGAUCAUUUAAGUCUAAGUGUGAAGUGAGUGGGAAUCUAGAGGAAUAUAUGAAGUUUCCUUUGCAAACUACACAGCGCAGACGAUUGUUGUGUUGCUGGAAGACAGUUACAACACACGGAUGAAUUAAGGUGUUUGUAUGUGUGAAUUACAACAGAUCUCAGGUGAAUUUAAAGAUAUCCAGUUUACUGUAUAAUCUGCUCUUAUUGGAUGAAUGUUUUAUUCUGUUGAGUGGUACUGACAUACAUACACAAUCAGGUGAUGUAAAAUAUUUGUGUUUUACUAAAGAGAUAAUCACAUUCCCAUACUCACAUCACAUUUUUCUUCUAUUAAUGUGACCUGGAGGUGCUUUGAGUCAAAAUGAUUCAAAACAACAUUAACACUACAUCAUAUUUUUGGUUUCUUUAUUGAAGACCAUCUUUAAAUAAAAGCUCAAUUCCACUAAGUGUCAGCAGUGGUGUUGUCUUUGUGCCUCAAGAUUAGGAACAAAGUAAGAAAACAUUUGCUAAACACAUCCGUCAUCUCUUCAGCUAUAUUAGUGUGUUGUGAAUAUGGUGUUUAACAAAUUUAGUAGACCACCUGCCAUUAAAAACAAGACAAUACAGAAAAAAUGUAUUUAUUUAAUAGGCAAUUAUUUAUUUAAUGAGCUGGGAAACUGAAUUGUGAGAAGUCAGAAAUAUAUUGAUUAGUCAAAUGAACAUUCAGUCACUAAAACAAUUUCUUCUCUCCAGGAAUGGAAGUAAAUAACUGCAAUUUGGCAUCUUCAUCAAAAAUAAUAAUUUGCGAAGUUUACUGGGUUUUUUUUUCUGCUUUCUUUUAAGCAUUAAAUGUAAAAAUUAACGGAUGAAUGCAUCCGUUAAUUUAAUAUUUAGCAUUAAAAACAUUUUGAUUAAAGAGCUUGUGAAUACUGGUGUGUUAACAUUGCAGGAAACAUAAAAAAAUGACUGUGUUAAUUACAGAUACCGUUAAUUAAGGGCAUCAGUGAUCUAAGUCUUUCAUUGGGCGGUGGUCCAGAAAGAAAUUGUUAAACACUGUGGUUGAAGGCAAGUGUAAAUCAACAUUAUACAUUAUUGUAUUUCAUAUGAUGCAACACAGAUUUUCUGUUGUAGUAAGCCACAGCAGUUUAGUCUGAUUUCCUCUGCAUCACUGCAUUUUUGAAGUGAUUUGAUUUCUUCUUCAUACUUUUAUAUCUUUCCUCCUGCUUUAUAUUUGAGAAUUUUACAAAGUGAUUUGUAUUGAAUGCAUAUGUAACAUAUGAAAUGAUGUUUGGGAGUCUGUCAAUACAGUCUAUAAUAAGAAAAUUUUAAAAAGCUGGGAG